UUUCCCCCUUCUUCCCCCGCCGAGACAGAGGCUGCCAAAAUGACGCCUCAGCAGCAGGCUUUCCGCACAAUUUAGGAUACAGCCUGUCUCGUCCCUCCCCUCCACCGGGGACCCGCACGGCUCCUCCCAGCCCGCACGCUGCCGGGGGAGCCGGGAAGGUGUCAGCAGCGCAGGGCAGCCCCCGCAAGGGACCCCCCGCUGCUCCCUGCGCGGCCAGGCUGGGCGGGCAUCCCUCUCCAUGGCACAUCGCACCGGAGCGGGGGGGUCACGCCCGCCUGGCCGGCGCAUCCCCGCGGCAACCCGGGAGCCGUGGGCAGCGCGGAAGGAGCAUCUUCGCCUCGGCCACCGCCGCGCCGCAUCCCGCCGCCCUCCCCAGCCCCUCCCCGGCGGCUCCCGCGACGCGCGCAAGUUGCGAGGCGGCGGAGAGGCGCGGAGAGGCGCGGAGAGGCGCGGAGAGGCGCGGAGAAACGCGGAGAGGCGCGGAGAGGCGCGGGCCGCCUCACCCGCAGCCCCGGGGGCGGAGGACCGGUCGGGGCGGCGCCGGAGUUUGGCCGGGCGGCUGCUGCCUCCUCCCUUCUUCCUCCUUCCUUCCUUCUUUCCUUCCCCCGGUUGCGUUUCCUUCUCGUUUUCCCUUCUUGGCGGGGGGAGCGGUGGCAGCGGAGGGAAGCGCUUUGCUCUCCGCGCCCCGGGACCGGCGCCUGCCGCGAUGCGGAUGCGUGUGGACAAGUCCUCGUGAAAACAGCUCCCGACGUUACCCCAAAAACACCCAAACCCAAACAAACCGCCCACUUGGAUAAUUAAAACGGUUUUUGGCAGUAUCCCGUGUUGCCAAGGGUCAUUUCGUUCUUACUUCCACUCCCACCCCCAGAUUUCCUGUUCCAGAGUCAGCUUUCCCAAGGCUAUUCCAAAUGUGGCAGAUGGUAACUCCUCCUGAUAAAGACCACCUUUAAAAGAGGCCAUGGAUUUAAUCAACUCAACGGAACAAAACAGCACAUCUGAAGAACUAUUCAAAUGGGUGACAUCCAAGAUUCUCAUUUCCAUUACUCUGUCUGUGCUUGCACUAAUGACAACAGCCAUCAAUUCCCUAGUGAUGACUGCAAUAAUUGUGACUCGGAAGCUCCACCACCCUGCCAACUACCUGAUCUGCUCUCUUGCAGUGACUGAUUUUCUUGUGGCGGUCCUAGUGAUGCCCUUCAGCAUUGUCUACAUCGUAAAGGAGACUUGGAUCAUGGGGCAAGUGGUGUGCGACAUCUGGUUGAGCGUGGACAUCACGUGCUGCACGUGCUCCAUCCUGCACCUCUCCGCCAUCGCGCUGGACCGGUACCGAGCAAUCACAGACGCCGUGGAAUACGCAAGGAAGAGGACACCGAAGCACGCAGGCAUCAUGAUCGCGGUGGUGUGGCUCAUAUCGAUUUUCAUCUCCAUGCCCCCUUUGUUUUGGCGGCACCAGACGACCAGCAGGGAUGAUGAAUGCAUCAUCAAACACGACCACAUUGUCUCCACCAUUUACUCCACCUUUGGCGCCUUCUAUAUCCCUCUGGCCUUGAUCCUCAUCCUUUACUACAAGAUCUACAAGGCGGCAAAGACGUUUCACAGGAGAAGCGUCAGCCGGAUUGUAAGGGAGGAAGUCAAUGGCCAAGUCCUCUUGGAUGCAGGAGAAAGAAGCACCAAAUCAGCUUCAAUGCCCAGCACCACAGAGAAAACAUCAGAUGCCCUGGUGGACUGUGAUAAAAUCAAUAUCAGCAUAAAAAGCCCCAGGUCUGAAUCUAAACAUGAGAAGUCGUGGAAAAGACAGAGAAUCUCUAGCACACGGGAGCGAAAGGCAGCGACUACUCUGGGUCUGAUCUUGGGGGCGUUUGUCAUCUGUUGGCUCCCUUUCUUUGUAAAAGAAGUGAUUGUUAAUACCUGUGAAAGGUGUCACAUUUCAGAAGAGAUGUCUAAUUUCCUGGCCUGGCUGGGAUAUAUCAAUUCUCUUAUUAACCCUCUCAUCUACACAAUCUUUAAUGAAGACUUCAAGAAAGCCUUCCAGAAGCUUGUGCAUUGUAGGCAAUAUCUUUAAGAGCUUCGUAUAAGGAGGACAUAUUAACUGGUUUUUAACUUGUAUAAGUUUCUGUAACUGAGAUAAUAGCUGUUGUAUUUAAGGAAAAGCACCAAGACUGCAGUUACAUUAUGACUUCUCUUGGUCUCAGUAAUAGUGGGAGCAUGAAAUGUUUUAAAGAGAUGAAUCAUCUGGGAUCAGUUUUGCUCUGGGUGAAAAAAAAAAGCAGGUAGCAUAUUGUGUCUCUAAUCCAGUCAGGAUUUGCACAGCUGUCUAGCUUGAAGCAUAAGCUAUUACCUUAAACAUGAAAGAAAGGCACAUUUGAAGUAGACAAAGGAAGAAUUCUUUUAAAAACAAUAUUUAAUUUUCAGUUAUAAAUAAAUUUUAAGUCUAACAAAUUUUAAGUAACACCAGUUACAAAUGAAAUUUGAAGUAAAACAAGCAGGCUUUUAAACCCUGGUCACAAAUAAGAAGAUGGAAAAUAAACCUUGGAAUUAAGAUAUGAUUUCAUUGCUUAUGCACAGGACUGCAGCACAGAGCCAAACCAUUCCCAGGAAUGGGAAGCAGCUUGAAACAUAGAAUCAUAGAAUCAAUUGGUUGGAAAAGACCUCCAAAAUCAUCCAGGCCAUCCUAGCACCCACCCCUAGACAAUCAACCAGACCAUGGCACUAAGUGCCCCAGCCAGGCAUGGCUUCAACACCUCCAGGGAUGGUGACUCCACCACCUCCCUGGGCAGCCCAUUCCAAUGCCAAUCACUCUCUCUGCCAACAACUUCUGCCUAACAUCCAGCCUAGACCUCCCUUGGCACAACUGGAGACUGUGUCCCCUUGUUCUGUUGCUGCUUGCCUGGCAAAGCACUUUCAUGGGUUAUAAGUUUCAUACUAAAUCAGUCUUGUGAGUCCUCUGCUACUGCAUACCCACAAGAGAUGUUGGCAUAUCCUCAAGAGAAACAGCCAGAUAAUUGGGGUAGCUACAGCAAGCUGGGUACACAUAGUGCCUAGUGCUCUGAAACCACUUCAUUAGGGACUAAGGAGGGUAAGCUCAUACAGAGCAGAUGGUCCUGCUUAUGGAGAUGUUAGAAGGGAGACAAGCAUUAGACACUCCCUUGCUCAUGUUCUUAUCCCUACCUCAUACAUUUGGCCAGGUACAGACCCUGCAGACUUGCUGCACCAAACCUAGACACACAGUUUAUGCCACUACUCCCCGAGCAUUGCUGUUGAUAGGUGGCUUAGUGAGGUUUGUUUGAGUGAAGAACUUGGGCUGACAGCUCUGGCUCUGCAUGCUCAACACUCCAACCCCAGAAGCCUGAUGUCCCCCAAAUCUUGGAGAUGUUAUAAGGGAGACAAGCAUUAGACACUCCCUUGCUCAUGUCCUUAUUCCUACCUCGUACAUUUGGCCAAGCACAGACCCUGUAGACUUUCAGCACCAAACCUAGAAACAUAGUUUAUGCCACUACUCCCUGAGCAUUGCUAUUGAUAGGUGGCUUAGUGAGGUUUGUUUGAGUGAAGAACUUGGGCUGGCAGCACUGGCUCAGCAUGCUCAGUGCUCCAACUCCAGAAGCCUGACGUCCCCCAAGUCUUCCUUCAGCUGCCUCAAGUAACAGGGCUGUGCACUCUCUAUCCAAGCAUGUGAGAAGGCAGAGACUGACCAUGACUCUGGCAGUGUGGGUCUCUGGAAACAGUUGUGCAGCAACUUCUCCAGCAAGGAGAGUGACCUCAGUAUGCAGUGCAUGCCUAGGCAGGGGAUCCUGUGGGCUGCUCACUGGCUGGAACCUCUAAAUCUUCCCUCAGAGCAUCUACUCCCUAAGCUAAAAGGACUUUGUAGUCAUUCCCUCCAGCACUGUUCAGGCAAAGACAACCACAAUGAACAAACUCCUCUGUAGGCUGAUGGCAUCUUGUCCAGUCCUGAUUCAUAGGUUGGAAAAGACCUCUCAGAUCAUCAAGGUCAACCACUGUCUAGCUCUGUUCAGGGUCACUGCUAUACCAUAUUCUUAAGCCCUAUAUCUAGAUAGCUUUAAAAUGCAUCCAGGGAUGUGGAUUCAGUCACUCCCUCGGGCAGCCUGUUCCAGGCUUUGAUAACCCUUUUUUGGUAUAGAAGGAUUUCCUAAUGUCUAAUCUAAAUCUCCCCUGGUGACAUUUCCUCUUGUCCUGUCACUUGUGUCUUGUGAGAAGAGAUCAGCAUCUACCACAACACCAAAAGAGGUUGCAAUUUUCUUUCAGGUAGUUGUAGAGAGCAAUAAUGUCUUCCCUCAGCCUCCUUUUCUUCAGACUAAAUGAUCCCAACUCCCUCAGACACUCUUCAUAAGACUUCUUCCCAAGACCCUUCACCCACUUUGAUGCCCUUGUCUGGACUCACUCCAGCACCUCCACGACUCUCUUAACUGCGGUGUCCAAAACUGAAUACAGUACUCAAGGUGUGGCUUCACCAGUGCCAAGUAGAGUGGGACAAUUGUCUUUCCAGUCCUGCUGGACACAUUAUUCCUCAUGCAGGCCAGGAUGCCAUUGGCCUUAUUGUCCAUCUAGGCAUCCACAUGCUCUAGAUGCCAAACUACGCCACUCAUCCACUCAUCAAUGCAACAACAACUUGCCACAAAUCCAGCAGUGCAAGUCUGCCAACAGCCAAGGGUACUAACAGAGCAGUGGGCAUUUACCCCUGAGUGCAGAUGGAGUCACCAAGAGUCACAUCAGAACCCAGAGACAAACAGAGUCAGACUGUGUCACUAAGACCACGGCUCUGAAUUCAUUUCCAGUCAUUCAAUGCUGUCUAGCAGGAACCUGAAGCUCCCUACAAGAGCUACAAACGCCACUGUCAGCAACAUCAGUCUCCUGCAAGGGCACUCCAAUUUGGCACAGGGGCCAGCAGCUUAGGGAGUAUCUGAGUCAUGAGACCACCAUGCAUGCUCUUAGUCUGGGAAAGGUAUCAUUGGUUUCUGCAGUCCUCCUCCCAAGAGACUCAGCCAUUUACAUUACACAAGAAAACCCAGAAAGGUCAUCAACUGUCCUUCCUCCCUCCCCUUUCCUUCCUCUUGUGUUAGAAGCUCUGGAGUUCAAUAAUUUUGUAUGUUGCUCACUAGCUACCAGCUGACACAACAGCUGUUAGAGAUAUUUCUUCCCAGAUGACAGGGUUUGAAACUUCAGACACUGAACUAAUUUGUUUCUGUUACUUGCAACUUACUGUAUUCUUCUUUCACCCCCAAGUCCAAGCGGGGUGCUAUUCAGAAGUACUAGAAAUGGUUCAUUUGCUCUGCUGUUCAUUUUACCCCAGCCAGGAAUCUAAUGAAACACUGACUUGUCAUGCCAUGUAGCUCUAGCACAGCAGAAGCACAGCUAAAUUUUGAAGCUACUAGGAUGUGACAGAAUGGAAUUUGGCUCAUGCUCACUGCCAGUUACUGCAUUUUACUACCACUGCAGUCAGAGCACAGCCUCUGCAGACCCUGCAGCCUCAGCAAUGGCUGCAUGAUGUUAAAACACUGCUUUAAGCAUCAGCUGUGCUCUGCUGUCUCCAGAAAGACCACAGCAUUCAGCAUUCUAAAAGGAUCAGCAGAAGGCAGCAAAGAAAAUCCCACCAAAGCAUUUAAGGUUAAAGACCUCUGUUUCCCAUGUUUCCAGAGUCAUAACAUUAGAUAUCUAGGGCCAGGUUUUCUUAUCUCCCUCCUUCUCCCUUUAUGGCUGCUGCAGGGUGUAGUACAUUGUUUAUCCUCUUACAUGUACAAAGUUUAACAGUAUCUUGCUAAACCAAAUUACUGGAACCAAAAACAGGUGUUGCAUUUGAGAAGAAGAGAUACUCUAAAUACUCAACUAAUAAUGGAGAAAGCUGAAAGAGUGGAAUGCUAUGUAGAUAUGCAGAAAACAGCUGUCAUUUAUGCACUGCUAACAGUAUAUACUCUGAACCUAAUUAAGCUGCUAAACAUUUCUCAAGAUGAAGGGUGGCUUCACUUGUAUCACUUUCACUGUGCUGUAUCUGCUCACCUUCAACUCCCCAGUGAUGGAAGAUACAGCUCCAAGAAAUCUAAGCAAAGGAGUGGGUAGUUAUCCUAUUAAAAGCACUUGCAGCUUGUGGACCAUCA